AUGUGUCUGCGGCUGAGAGCUGUAGCGCCACUGCAGCCUCAUCUACCCAGAAUAAGGCAGUGGUCGACUCACUACCAGCACAUGCCCGCAGAGGUGCUCCUGCGACAAGUGACCUCCCGUCUCUUCACAUCUGACGAAAUGCGCCUCAUCAAUGUCCAGUCCCUGGGGCUGGAGGUCUUUUACGGCGCCGAACAGGAUAUCCCUCGCUACGCCAUCCUCUCCCAUACUUGGAGUGCCGACGAGCUCACCCUUGCUCAGUUUACCAACGGCGACCUGCAGGUGCACUCUCGCAAGGACGGCUAUGCCAAGAUAGCACGCUGCUGCCACCUCGCCGCCGCGGCUGGUCUCGGCUACGCAUGGGUCGACACCGUGUGCAUCGACAAGUCCAGCAGCGCCGAGCUGACCGAGGCCAUCAACUCCAUGUUUCGUUGGUACCAGAACGCCGCCGUCUGCCAUGUCUGGCUGAAUGACCUCUUGCCUGACACAGGAGAUCUGUCAAGACUAGAAGACUGUCGCUGGUUCCGUCGGGGCUGGACGCUGCAGGAACUGCUGGCGCCAGCUGUUGUUGAGUUCUACGACCGAGACUGGGCGUUUCGCGGCACAAAGCAGGACCUGCAGCGGGAGCUGUGUGACAUUACUAAUAUUAGCGAGGCGGUGCUUGAAAAACCCGGCCGUAUGUUUGGGCUGUCCGUCGCGCAGCGCAUGUCGUGGGCAGCCUCGCGAGAGACGACACGUCCAGAGGACUUGGCGUACUGCCUGCUCGGCAUUUUUGAUGUCAACAUGCCACUUCUUUACGGCGAGGGUGAAAGGGCUUUUCUACGACUGCAAGACGAAAUCUCCAAAGAGACGAAUGACUUGAGCCUGUUUGCGUGGCGUCAUCCUGACAACGAGCAAGGCGCAGUCAAGCAGCCGUUCCAUGGCGUCUUUGCGCCGUCGCCGGACCGGUUCAUCGGCGGCUCUCACAUUCUUCCCGGGUGGAACCCCGCCCUGGGCCCUGAGUAUAUGCUCACUAACAAAGGCAUACGCGUCGAGGCGAACCUGACCGAGCUUGAAGACGGCCGCGUGCUGCUGCUGCUCAACGUGUUGUCGUGGCCGGCGCGCGCCGUAGUCGGCAUCUGGGUUCGCGCGCACGGCGGCGGGGUUACAGUCGCGUCGAGAGCGACCGUUUCGGCAAUGCGCCGCAGGGGGGCCGCGCGAGCGCAGCUGUUCGAAAGCGCAUUUACCUUUUGA